AUGAGUCCUGAGAACGAUACCACUUUAAUAAUUACUUUAACGCGAACAGCGACGUUGUCUUCAGAGUCUACGCCAUCUGAUAACACUUAUGUAUCUUGGAAAGAGACUACUAUCACCACUGAACAGGUCAUUUCGAAAGCUGUUACCAUAUCUCCUUCAUCACCAAACACUUCACAAGAGGCUAACACUCAGGGUAUUACAGCCCACGCAACAAUUCCCUCACCAUCUACCAACUUAGAAUUACGGAAAUCGCCCUCGCCGUUAUCUUCGGCAUCAAGCGUGAUCACGAGCGUAAUUUCGGGGUUUCCGUCAAGCCUGCAAUUUGGUGAAAUUCCAACCUCCAGUUCUACACAGGUUAGCAUUGCAGUGGGUGUUCCUAUGGCCAUAUUUGUCGCUUUUUUCAUUGCGUUAGGUGCUUGGUACUAUCUUCGAAUACAAAGAUCCAAACGUGAAUUCGACCAAAACAAUCUUGACAUUUUCAGUGAAAAGCUUAAUCUUCUGAAUCAGACUUUAUCUAAGCCAGGCUUGGAAAAGUUGACAAAAAAGCCAUACCCAGUGGUCUUUUGUCCAACUAACUAUUUGCAUACAGAUAAGGCAUUUCAAAUUUAUGAACAGCAAAAACCAAAACAAACUACGAACUUAAAAUCCCAAUUGAAUCGCUUGAGUGGACUAUGGCCUAGAAGAGGCAAAAAACAAGAAUCGUUGACGCAUCCACAGCCUAAUAUCUUCAAACGCAUAUCUUUAAUGACACCGGUGUUUUUGAGAAAUUUCAAUACUGAUAACAGAUAUCAGGGGAAUAAAGAAAUUGUCAAAUCGCCAGUUCUCGAUAUUUCGACGACCAAAGUGCCAAGCUACAAUUCAUCUGCUCUCAAUACACGUUUUGGUUUCGGUGAUGUUGACAGAGGUCACAUUUUGUCAAAUAAAAAAAUGUAUACGGUGAUCAAGCCAUAUACAAAGAGUCUUGAUGAUGAGUUAACGAUACACAUUGGAGACAAAUGCAUUGUACUAGAGAAAUUUAGCGAUGAAUGGUGCAAAAUUCAACUCCACCAAAAAAGUGGCCACGAGUUAAGUGACUCUGACCGAGAAAUCGGUUUGGUUCCUUGGAUGUGUUUACUGAAGAUAUAG